AUGAAUCCCGGGGACCCUGCCCAAACCGGACCCGGUGAAGCCGGUCAGGACGGGUUGGCUAAAGCAGGGGGUGCGCAGGGGGAGGGGGUGAGAGCGGUGGAUGUGCUGACAGUUCUGAGGGAAAAAGUGGCCUUUGUUUCAGGGGGGAGGGACAAGAGAGGCGGGCCCAUUCUCACCUUCCCAGCGCGGACCAAUCAUGACCGAGUGAAACAGGAGGAUCUAAGCAGACUGGUCACCUAUCUGUCCACCGUACCCAGUGAUGACGUGCGUGCCAGGGGCUUCACGGUGGUCGUAGACAUGCGUGGUUCUAAGUGGGAGAGCGUCAAGCCGUUGCUACGGACACUCCAGGAGGGGUUCUCCGCCCACAUUCACACGGCCCUCAUCAUCAAACCAGACACCUUCUGGCAGAAACACAAGACCAACCUGGGCAGCGCCAAACUCACCUUUGAGACCAGUCUAGUGUCGGUGGAGGGCCUGUCCAAGCUGGUGGACCCGUCCCAGCUGACCUCUGACCUGUGCGGUUCUCUGGAGUAUGACCAUGUGGAGUGGACAGAGCUACGGCUGGGCCUGGAAGAGUUCUCAGGAGCUGCUGGGCAACUGCUGGCCCAGCUAGAGCAGCUGGAGGCUGGGCUGACCCGCAUAAGCGAGGCCCAGGGCGUGGAUGAGGCCCGCAAGCUGCUAGAGGAGCAUGGCCGACUACGUACCACCGUUGCCACGGCUCCCAUCGAUGCCAUCGACCGUGAGGGGCGGAGCUUGCUCCAGCGCAUGCGCAGUAACCAAGGUUACGGAAGCUGGUUGUCGGGCGGGGCUGAUUUCCAGAGUGUAGCUCCGAAGGUGGCCUCCCUACUGGAGAGGCUGCAGACUGCCAGGACACAACUGCAGCAGAGCUGGACCGAACGGAAAGCACACCUAGACCAGACCUUACAGCUGCAUCUAUACGAACAGGACGCUGCCAAGAUGUCCGAGUGGAUAGCCCACAGUAAGGAUCUGUUCCUGCAGAGUCAGACAGAGGUUGGCCUCAACCACCAGCAUGCCCUGGAACUCCAGACCCAGCACCAGCACUUCACCAUCAACUCUAUGAACGGGAGUGUGAACGUGGACGGGGUGGUCUCCGUGGCGAUGCAGCUGUGUGAGGGGUGUCACUACGGAGCGGAGCGGAUCGCGUGUGUCUCGUCACGGCUACAGGAGGAAUGGAAAGGGCUGACGUCAGUGCUGGAGGAACGCAGCAACACGCUGGUCAUGUCCACCGACUUCCACCAGGGGGCAGAACAGUUCCUGGGGCGUGUGGAGGGCUGGUGUGAGGCUUGUGCUGACGACUCGUUGCCGGCGGAGAUGGCGGAGCUGGAGGCGUCCAUACAACAACACCAGACGCUCUACGAGGAGAUAACAUCAGCCUACACACAGGUCAGUGAGAGUGGUAAAGCCCUAUUGGAAGUGCUUCAGCGUCCGGCGGAGCCUGACGAGUCUGGGUUACCAGCGGCAACCACUGACUUCACAGCCGCAACGCACGGCAUCAUGGGAGUUCUGCACGAGGUCAUGCAGGGUCACCAGCAUGUUGAAGGGGUGUGGCAACACCGCAAGCUCCGCCUACACCAGCGUCUGCAGCUGUGUGUGUUCCAGCAGGACGUACGGCAGGUUCUGGACUGGGUGGAGCAGCAUGGAGAGGUGUUUCUCAAUAAGCACACCGGUGUGGGGAAGAGCCUCCACCGAGCACGAGCACUGCAGAAACGCCAUGACGACUUCCAACAGGUGGCCCAGAACACCUAUACCAAUGCUGAGAAGCUGCUGGAGGCGGCAGGCCAGCUGGCCCAGUCAGGGGAGUGUGAGGAGGGGGAGAUCUACUCUGCUGCUGGGGACCUGGAGCUCCGCAUGCAGGCCUUCAUACAGAGAGUAGAGCAGAGGAAGCUACUGCUGGACCUCGCUGUCUCCUUUUACACACACACCAAAGAGCUGUCAGUGUGGAUGGAGGGUCUCCAGAGGCAGAUGGCGGGGGAGGUGUGUGUGUGUCCUGACUCAGUGGAGGCUCUACAGGCUCUUAUCAGCCAGCAGCAGCAGCAACAAGCCAACACACAGGACGCCUCGCUCUCUGUCAUCAGGGAGGGAGAGGACCUCAUUCUACAGCUCAGGCCCCAGGGCAGUUCAGUGGGCCAUGUGGAGUCAGUGCUGCAGUCGUUGGAGGAGGCCCAGGUCCAGCUGGAGGAGCUGUUCCACCAGAGGAAGAUCAGGCUGGACGUCUAUCUGCAGCUACGCAUACUACAGCAGUGUUCUCUGGAGGUGUCAGGGGAGAUGGAGGCAUGGAAGCAGGACCUCCAGAAGCAGGCCCAGGACAUCACCACAGAGAAGCUAACGCUAGCACAACCGCGGCUAGUGGAAGCUAACCAAGAGAAGCUAGCAUUAGCGCAACCGCGGCUAGUGGAUGCUAACCCAGAAGGGCUAACGUUAGCGCAGCAGCGCAUACACAGACACAUGGAGCGACGGCUAGCCAUGAACAACAUGACCUAUGAGGUCGUACAGCAGGGUCACGACCUUCAGCAAUACAUCACCGAAGUACAGUCCUCAGGGCUUGGAGAGGGCUCCAUCAGGGCUUCUACAGGACACCAGGUGCUGGGCUGGAUCAGUGAAGGAGAGGUGAUGUUGUCUUCCUGUAUGGUGAACUCCAGCUCUCUGUCCGAGGCUGAACAGCUACAGAGAGAACAUGAGCGCCUCCACCAACAGGCCAUAGAGUCUCUGCUUCAUGCUGACUCUCUCCAGAGGACCCACCAGGUGGCGCUGGCGCUGCAGCAGCGGGCAGAGCUGCUGGUGAGGGCGGGCCACUACGACCCAGAGGCAGUGAGGGCGUGUGCCCAGACGGUGGCGCUACACUGGCAGACCCUGAUGCUGCGGAUGGAGGACCGCCUCAAACUGGUCAACGCCUCCGCAGCCUUUUACCGGACCUCACAACAGGUAUGUGGUGUGUUGGAGAGCCUGGAACAGGAGUAUCGUAGGGACGAAGACUGGUGUGGUGGCGGCGAGAGGCAGGGGAGCAGGGGCCAGCCGGAGCACCUCAUUCCCCUCAUCAACAAACACAUGGAACAAAAAGAAGCCUUCCUCAAGGCAUGCACCCUGGCCAGACGCAACGCAGAGGUCUUCCUCAAGUACAUCCACCGCAACAGCGUUACUAUGGCAACCAUCUCCGGGCACAGUGCAGGCGCAGAGGUCACUGGUCACUCCCGUGUGCCUGAGCAGCAGGUCAAAGGUAUCCUCAGUGAGCUCCUGCAGAGGGAGAACAGGGUUCUACAUUUCUGGACUCUGAAGAAGCGUCGUCUGGACCAGUGUCAACAGUACCUGCUGUUCCAGAGCCACACCCAACAGGCGUUGGAUUGGCUGCAACAGAGUGGUGAGCACUACCUGUCCACUCACACAUCGCCAGGGGCAACCAGUGCAGAGACCCAGGACCUGCUGGCUCAACACAGGGAAUUCUGCAUCUCGGCUAAGCACACUCAGGAGAAGGUGCACCUGCUGAUUCAGCUGGCAGAGAGCAUGCUGGGUAAGGGCCACUCCCACAGGGUGGAGCUACGGAGGUGCGUGUCGACGGUGGACAAGCGCUACCGAGAGUUCUCCAUGCGCAUGGGCCAGUACCGGAACACACUGGAGACUGCACUGGGAGGCUGCACUCAGGACAAUAAGGACCUGGAGCUGGAGCUCAUCCCCAACAGCCUCUCUGACUCUGACCCCGAAGUGAACCUGAACGACCCUAACCAUGAGGUCAGCGACGAGAAGAGGAGGACGGCCAGGAAGAAAGAGUAUAUCAUGUCAGAGCUUCUCCAGACAGAGAGGGUGUAUGUGAAGGAUCUGCAGGAGUGUAUUGAUACCUACCUGUGGGAGAUGACCAGUGGCUCUGAAGAGAUCCCCACCAGGAUCGCCAACAAGGAUGACGUUGUCUUUGGGAACAUCCAGGACAUUUAUGAGUUCCAUAACAGUAUUUUCCUGAAGGAGCUGGAGAACUACGAACAGCUACCUGAGGAUGUGGGUCACUGCUUCGUCACCUGGGCAGAUAAGUUCCACAUGUAUGUGACGUAUUGUAGAAAUAAACCAGACUCCAGCCUUCUGAUCCAGCAACACGGGGCAGGCUUCUUUCAGGAGGUCCAGAGGAGACAUGGUCUUGCUAACUCCAUCUCCUCAGCGCUCAUCAAGCCGGUUCAGCGCAUCACCAAGUACCAGCUCCUUCUCAAGGAGUUGUUGGCGUGUUGUGAGGAGGGAAAAGGCGAGAUCAAGGAGGGUCUGGAUGUCAUGCUGAGUGUUCCAAAGCGAGCCAACGAUGCCAUGCAUGUUAGCAUGCUAGAGGGUCUGGAGGAGGGCUUGGAGGUGCAGGGAGAGCUGCUCCUGCAGGAUACCUUCCAGGUGUGGGAUCCUAAAUCCCUUAUCAGGAAAGGCCGGGAACGCCACCUGUUCCUGUUCGAGCUCUCGCUGGUCUUCAGUAAAGAGAUAAAGGACUCCUCCGGACGUAUCAAGUACCUCUACAAGAGCAGGCUGAGGACGUCAGAGUUGGGGGUGACAGAGCAUAUUGAGGGGGACCCCUGUAAGUUUGCUCUGUGGGUGGGCCGUACCCCCACCUCGGACAACAAGACCGUCCUCAAGGCCUCAUCUCUGGAGCUGAAGCAGGAGUGGGUACGUAGCGUGCGUCAGGUGAUCCAGGAGAGACGUGGCCAUCUGAGAGGAGCGCUGAGGGAGCCCAUCCCCCUCCCCAAGACCCCCGCCCCCACCCUGGUCCGCACGCGCAGCAUCAACAGGAGAGACACCAAUGAGGAUGCAGACAGCCUGGGAGAUGCCAGCAGCCAGCCGGACACCGUCUCCAUUGCAUCCCGCACCUCUCAGAACACAGCAGACAGCGACAAGCUGUCCGGUGGCUGUGAGUUGACCGUGGUCCUGUUGGACUUCUCGGCGGGCGGGGCUGAGGAGCUGAGUGUUCGUUGUGGUCAGACCGUGGAGCUAGUGGAGCGGUCCAGUGAGCGAUCAGGCUGGUGUCUGGUCAGGACCACAGACCACACCCCCCCACAGGAGGGCCUGGUACCCAUGACUGCCCUCUGCCUUUCCCACUCCCACAGCGCUGACAUGGACGGCUUGAUGCCUGCCACCACCGCUGGGAAAGAGCCCAGCCCUGUAGGUUCAGAGGUCAGAUCAGAUUCUGUAGCGUCUCUCCAGUCCCAGACAUCCCUGGGCUCCGGUCCUGGCGGUGUGUCCAUCAGUUCCCCCGGCGGAGUGUCUAUUGGUUCUCCUGGUGUGAACGUGGGCUCCCCGGGGCCCAAGCGGAGUGGUUCUGGUACCGGGAACACAUUGAAGCGCUGGCUGACCAGCCCAGUGAGGAGACUGAGCCAGGGCAAAGCCGACAGCCAGGGGAAAAAACCUCCACUACGCACCAGGAGACGAGACAACCGGCCCGAGCUAACCACGCCGCUCACCGCUAACACACACUUGAAGGGGAAGAGCCGUGAAGACUCUGUCCAGAGUGGAGGAGAGGAGGAGCUGGAGGAGGAUCCACACACGCCCCUCCCACCUCCCAUGGAGAUCAUUAAAGAUAGCAACAACCCUGAGGACUCAGAGGGCUCCAACCAGUCAGACACAGAGCAGAAGAACAAAGCCAUGAGAGGUCGCAUGUUUGUGGUUAAUGAAAUGGUGCAGACUGAGAAGGAUUAUGUGAAAGACCUUGGUGUCAUCGUGGAGGGGUUCAUGUCGAGGUUGGAGGUGAAAGGGAUUCCAGAGGACAUGAGGGGGAAGGACCUGAUAGUGUUUGGUAACAUCCAUCAGAUUUACGACUGGCACCAGGAGUUCUUCCUGGUUGAGUUGGAGAAAUGUUUGCAGGACCACGACCGACUGGCAGAGCUUUUCAUUAAACAUGAGAGGAGGCUGCACAUGUAUGUGGUCUACUGUCAGAAUAAGCCCAGGUCAGAGUUUGUCGUGGCGGAAUAUGAGACCUUCUUUGAGGAGGUGCAGAGAGAGAUCAGCUGUAGGAUGUCCAUCAGUGACUUUCUCAUCAAACCCAUCCAGAGAAUCACCAAGUACCAGCUACUGCUCAAGGAUUUUCUGAAGUACACUUCUAAAGCAGGGAUGCACUGUGAGGAGAUCGAGAGAGCGGUGGAUCUGAUGUCUCUGGUACCCAAACGCUGUAAUGACAUGAUGAACCUGGGACGCCUGCAGGGUUACGAGGGGAAGCUGACGAGCCAGGGCAAGCUGCUGCAGCAGGAGACCUUCUGUGUGUGGGAGCAGGACGGAGGAGUUCUUUCCCGCAGUAAAGACAGACGCGUCUUCCUCUUCGAGCAAAUCAUCAUCUUCAGUGAGCUGCUCCGUAAAGGGUCCUCCCCACCUGGCUAUCAGUACAAGAAGAGCAUCAAGGUGAGCUACCUGGCCAUGCAGGAGUGUGUGGAGGGGGACCCCUGUAAGUUUGUUCUGUCAUCUCGGGGGUCUGCAGAGCGUUUCACCCUGCAGGCAGCCAGCCCCUCUGUCAAACAGCUGUGGGUCUCACACAUCACUGAGCUACUGGACACACAGAGCAACUUCCUGUCUGCUCUGCAGUCUCCUAUAGAGUACCAGAGGAAGGAGGGUGGGGGAACAAACCUCCUCACCCGACCCCCCUCGGGCUUCGGCCCCAAAGCAUCGGGCCGACCUCCCUCUGUGCCCCCCACCCCUAACGGACUCAACACACAUACACAGGCAGACGGCGAGGCACAGGACAACGAGCUGGUGCUGGUGAUCCAGGACUUCAGUGCGGUGCGUGAGGAUGAGAUCACGGUACUUCGCGGGGAACGGGUCCAGAUUCUGGCAUCCAACCAGCAUGGCCAGUGUCUGGUCUACCGACCGGCCAACACGGAGUCUCCGCCUGCAGAGGGCUGGGUGCCGCGCAGCGUCCUGUUCAACCACUAACUAGUUAGAACCAGUCAGUAACAGUUUAGAACCAGAUAUAAACAGUUACAUAACCAGUUACGGCCCAAUUACACUUCACUGAUGCCAGUAAGACCCAGUACCAAUCACACACAUCUGUCAACCUCUUAGUUACUGGUCCCAAAUAGUUACACAUAGUUUAAACUAUUUACAUCAGUUACAUACAGUCAGCUGCCCCAGUUAAACCAAUCACACACACGUAGCAAACAUCCUCAACAACCGGUAGCAACCAUGAACACUAGUAACCAACUACUGGAGUUCCUCACACUGGUGAAAAGAGGCCAGAGAGCUGCAGGUCCAGACAGAGGGAUUUGAAGUGAAUGGACACACAGUAUGGCUAUGGAACAUCCCAACUGAUGAGGUCACUAAUGGCUGCAGCCUAUGGAACAUCCCAACUAAUGAGGUCCAACUGAUGGGGCCACUAAGGGCUGCUGCCAACUGAUGAGGUCACUAAUGGCUGCAGCCUAUGGAACAUCCCAACUAAUGAGGUCCAACUGAUGGGGCCACUAAGGGCCGCUGCCAACUGAUGAGGUCACUAAUGGCUGCUGCCUAUGGAACAUCCCAACUAAUGAGGUCCAACUGAUGGGGCCACUAAGGGCCGCUGCCAAAUGAUGAUGACACUAAGGGCUGUUGCCUUUGGAACACCCAAACUGAUGAGGCCACUAAGGGCCGCUGCCAACUGAUGAGGUCACUAAGGGCUGCUGCCUUUGGAACAUCCACACUGAUGAUGUCACUAAGGGCCGCUGCCUUUGGAACAUCCCAACUGAUGAGGUCACUAAGGGCUGUUGCCUUUGGAACAUCCAAACUGAUGAGGCCUCUAAGGGCUUCUGCCUCAGUCAUUCCGGAACUCUGGGAUUCUAGAAUAAAACAAGACUGAGAACAGCUGUCAGAGACUCUCCCACCUCAUUAAGGAACUAGACUCAAGUGGAGGGUCAAAGGUAAAAUAUAUCUGCUGGAGACAAGCAAGAAAUGACGUUGUAAUAAUGGUUGUUUUUACAUAUCGGUGAAAAAACAUAGUGUCAGCACGUGAUGUUUCUGCUUUCAUGGCGUGGGGGUCAAAAUAAAUGGACUGAACCCUCACCCACCCACCCCAACCCAUGACCCCGGUGAGGUGACAUCAUUUCCUGUUUGUUAAUAUGUGUAAAAGAAAGCGAAAGUCUCACCACAUAAAUAGAGCUCUGAGCGCAUUAUGAAGUAUAUAUAGUUCUUAUAUGAUUCAUAUAUUCUGUUUUUCACCUGAAUAGAAAACAGAGAGAAGAGAAGUAUUGUCACAUUAACGUCUGUAUGUGUGGGUGCGUUUGUGUAUGAGUGCUUGCAUGUAUGGUGUGUAUGUAUGAGUGCUUGCAUGUAUGUGUGUGUGUGUGUGUGUGUGUGUGUGUGUGUGUGUGUGUGUGUGUGUGUGUGUGUGUGUGUGUGUGUGUGUGUGUGUGUGUGUGUGUGUGUGUGUGUGUGUGUGUGUGUGUGUGUGUGUGUGUGUGUGUGUGUGUGUGUGUGUGUGUGUGUGUGUGUGUUGGUUGUCCUUUGGGUUCUGUUUGUAUUGAAUAGAAACCCCUGUGUUCUCUGUGUUUUUCACUGAUCAAUCCCUGUGUCCCUUUGAUGUGGUUUCCUGUUCCUGUAGAGCUGCUGUUGGGCAGUGUGAAGGACUCAGAGUGUGCAUCCUCAUACUUUUAAAUGUCACCCAGAGUUUGACCCGUAAUAUUAUGCAUUCUUUGUAAAAUAUGUAAAUAGUAUUUUACAGACAUGUACAUGAUUUAACAGGACAACAGGGAGCUGGGGAACACGUCAGUCCAACUCCUUCAUAUUAAACAGAAGCCUUGCCGCCAUAUUGGAUUUUCAGGUUUUAAUUAACUGCUGAACUAGUUAACCCUUCAACUCUCCCCUGCUCAGGGUAAAAGUUGCCCUUCAGCACAGAUCUAGGAUCAGGUUACUCUCUCCCCAAUCUGACCUUAACCGUGAGUAGAAACACUAAACUGACCCUAGGUCAGUGUUGUCUGAGGGUAACUUCUAACCCCGGUUUGUAUCUGCAGUGGCAGCACUGCUGCCUAUAGCUUCAUACUACACAGGUUAUACAGGCUCUGGGCAAAACUCAAAAGACAUCAUAUUCCCCAUGUAGUGCACUACUUUUGCCUGAAGGAGUGCACUAUAUGGGGAGUAGGGUGUGAUUUGGGACCUAGCCCCUCUUAGCCAUACAGGUUAUUAUACAGUGAUGUGUACUUGCAAAAUGGCUGCUAUCUCACCUCUAUGAGUUCUGUAUGGUGGUUUGUAAUAAAGACCAUUUUUCAUCUCUGAAA